AUGUUUGAUGAAUCAGUUGUGGAAACGAAUCCUUUUCAAGGAUUCGAUGAAGGUUGUGAGACAGAGACGGAGGAAGGGAAUGAUACCGAUGAUGCCGUUUUUACAGAUAUAGCCAGCGAUACAAACAAUGGUAACAAUAAUAUAAUGGGUUCUGUUUUACAGGCACAUGAGCAAGAACCGGAGGCACAUGAGCAAGAACCGGAGGCGAGUGUAAUACCUGAUGGAGACGGCGACAACACUCAAAGACUCCCAACACGAAGUACAUGUGGAAAACCAAAGAAAAUGUACGAACCAGACCCAAAGGCGAAAAAGAAAUACCCGAUCUCAAAUUAUGUUUCUCAACAUAGGCUCGCGGAAGCACAUGCUGGUUUGGUAGAUAAUUUGGCAAGCACCACUAUUCCGGAAAAUAUUGAAGAAGCUUUAAAGGAUGAGGGGUGGAGACAAGCAGUGAAUGAAGAGAUGAAAGCACUUCAAAUGAACCAAACAUGGGAUCUAGCUCUUUUAGAUCCAUACUUUAAGAAUAUAGCUAAGACUGAGAAGGAGCCUUCUGCUCAGCCCAUUUCAAAGUUGGAAUUUGAGUUUGAAAGAAGAAGAAUUACAAAAGAAGAUGUACGUGAACUGAUUUAUAGGGAGAUUCUUGAAUACCAUCCCAAUAUGUUGAAAGAGUACUUGGAUGGAGCUCAACAAACUGGCUUCAAGUAUCCAAGUGCUGUUGAGCAAUUUAAGAAGCAGCUUGCUUACCUUGAGGAGCAUUAUGGUAACAGUACAGUUGCUGAUCCUGUAGAGAGGCCACGAGCUUCAUCAUUGCCAAGGUCUCGCGUAUUACAUCAAGAAGAGACAGUACAAAAUACAGUAGAAGUUGCAAAAGAUCUCCCACAAUAUUCAAUCAAUGAAGCGGAGAACCAAUAGAUGACAAUAACUAGACUUCCUCUUCAAGUUCGUCAAACUGCCAAAUGGUUUUUGAUGAUUCAGUGAAAAUGAUAAUUAUAUUCGGUUUUUUCUUUUUUUCCACAUAUACUUCAGCUAAAAAAUAUUCAUUAUGUCAAAUCAAGAAAGCAAAAAG